UGGAACAAGUGCCCUACAUAAAGAAACGAGAGUAAUGUGUGUCUGGACAGGAAGUACAAGAUAGUACCCGGGAACUGUUUAAUCUACUCCUUUGGAAUCUCAACGGACUGGUCCUUUGAUGAUGACAUGGACCAACUCUUUAACUGCAAGGUUUACUGCUUCGACCAUACUAUUCAUAAAAGAGACCACCAACGUUCUAAAAAUAUAAGAUUCUUGGCAACGGGAAUCUCAUCAGUGAAAAGAAACCAGGUUGAUCGGUACAUUAACAUCCUAAGGAGGUUUGGCCACGAGAACGCCACCAUAGACUACCUGAAGAUGGACGUCGAAGGAGCAGAGUUGCAGUUCUUCGAGGACGUGUUCACCAAUACGCCUGAGGUGCUGAACAACAUCAAACAGAUCGGAAUGGAGAUCCACGCAACGAGAAACAAGAAUUACAUGAAACGCUACAUGAGAUAUUUCGAACUUCUAGAAUGCUUGGGCUUCAGACUGAUGUUCAGUCAAAUGAUAGACAUAAAUGCACUUCUGUACAAGAAGAAUGGCAAAACGCGGUCCUGCUGUUAUGAACUGAUUGUGGGCGCGAGAUAAAGAAUGGUAGAGAGCGAGGAGGUGGAGGUGGCAUAGCUCAGUGGUAGAGCGCUGGCUUGGCAAUCGCAGGGUCCUGGGUUCGCGCCCGGCUGCUCCUCUCGGUUGAUUCAGCUGUGAAUGAACACUGGUAUGCUGACGUCGGCAUGUUGGGGUCAAAGUCGGGGUGGAAAGGGACUGGCCACCCUACCACAUCAUCCCGCGGCUUAGUAAGCAUGUUCUUUACAAAACAUGUCCAUUACGUCCAGAUGGAUAUGGACCAACUUGGACUAUGAGAGAGCGGGGUGGCACUGAAGCCUCUGUGUGAUCUGCGGCGGCGUUGUGAAGCCCCCAAGAGAACUUUUGUAAAUUUCAAAGGCACUGUUUAUUCUGCGGAUACGUUAUUUUUUUGUACGUUGUGACGAGUUCAUUUGAAAUAUAUUUGUGAUUGUGUGAAUAUUUUCAUGCACAUUUGUGCGUAUUGACAUCACCCCUUCAUAGAAUUUAGUAAAUGAAUUGGAAGAAUACUGUUUUGGAAUUUUAGUGUUGAUGCUGCCGUUCAAAUCAUUUGGUCUGCGUCACCAGAUGAGAGUUAGUACAUUAUGCAUUUAGU